AUGGCCAAAAUCUACCAUCACACUCUCUUCCCUUCCCCUUCUUCUUCUUCUUCCUCCUCCUCCUCCAAUGAUUCUUGUUGUCUGACUUCUGGUAGAGAGAUUUAUACUCUUUGGAUGAAGUCGUUGGUGUUGAACGGGAAUGGUUGCACCAUCUAUGAUUCUAAUGGUGAAGUAGUUUAUCGUGUUGAUAACUACGACCAGAAGUGCUGCAAGGAGGUCUACCUCAUGGAUCAAGGUGGCAAAACUCUUUACAAGAUACUAAGAAAGGUGAGAAAGCUUCGGGUGCUUGGAAGAUGGGAAGCUUAUCGUUACAAUGACUCGAAUGGAGAAGAGAAGAAGCCUAGAUUUAGAGUCAAAAACGCUGGUGGGAUUCUAAAGGGAAGUGGGUCCUUUGGAAUUGAAGUUAUGGGGUGUGGCAGGGAGAACAAGGCUAGUUACAAGAUAGAGAUAUUGAAGCACCCGUCAGUGUACAGAAUAAUGGACAUGGCUGGAGGACUUGUGGCACAGGUUCAAAGGAAGCACGCUGUUUCGGGAGUUAUGCUUGGAGAAGAUGUUAUGACAUUGGCUGUGGAGCCCAACACAGAUCGUUUGCUCGUUAUAGGGCUCGUCGUCGUUUGCUGUCUUAUAAAUCAUUAACAUGUGAAGUCUUCCACACGGCCAAGCAAUGCAGUGUUGCUAUUUCAAGCUUUUCUUGUCAUUUCCUUCCCCCUCUAUCCUUUAAUUCAUGCCAAGUCCAUAGAGUCAUUUUUCCCCCCUUGUUUUCCCUCUCAUCUUUUUCAUAAUGGAAGAAGAAAGAAUUUUUCACUAAUUGGCAAAUGUAAGAGAUUCCAAUGAUUCACUUCGUUUAUUACUUGGGAAUUGGAAAGUGCGCUUACAAAUGCUUUUUCUUGUCAAACUUAUUGGUUAUUCGACAUCAUUUCUCCCGUGAAAGCCGCAAUAAAAUGAAACAUGGCAUUUUC